CAAAGUGAGGCCGAGAGUACACAAAAAAAAAAAAAAAAAAAUCAAACAGGAGUGAAAAUCAGUGAGAGAGUUUCAGAUUUGUGUUGUUGGUUGUUGCUUUCUGUGUUUGAAAAAAUCCCCCCCUUCUGUAAUUUGAAUCCCUUUCUGUUAAUCAUCUGUGUUUUCUCAAAAGAUUAAUGGUUUCUUGGGUUUGUCUUUUCAAAGCUUAGAAAAUAUUGAUUUCAAAGAAGCUCAGGUGUUUGCAGAAUUGAGAUCCAUCUUUGUAUUUAGUUAUUUUUUUUUCUAGUUUAAAUUUUUCAUUUUCGAGGGUUGUUUUUGAUCCCUCUCCCCCAGGAGUAUCAAGAGGUUGAUUAUUUGAAAUCUCUUUCGAUCUCCCUAAUUGGUGACCUGUUGUUCUUUAAUUUUAUCGAAGAACCGGGUUUGAUUUUUUAUUUUUAAAUUUGAACCAAGUUAUUUAUUGUUAGUAUCAUCUUUGAAGAAUUUGAUUUUGAAGGAAUGGCAGCUAUGGAUUUCUACAGUAGCAUACCUCUUCAGUCAUCUUCCGAUCCUUUCACCGGUGAGCUCAUGGAAGCACUUGAACCUUUUAUGAAAAGUGCAUCUCCACCGCCACCUCUAUCUUCUUCUUCUUUUGAUUUCAACCCUUCUAUCCCAACCCCAUCUUCUUCUUAUUCUUCUUCUCCCACCCCUUUUCUUCCUUCUACUUCUUCUCCUUCUUCUUCCUACGACUACCUCUCUUUCUCUCCUUCCAUCCCUACUCCUCAGCCCGGUUUGUUCCAAGACGGUUGCUCAACCUUUAACAUGGGUUUCGAGCAGCAAGGUUCGAUCGGGCUGAACCACCUUACUUCUUCCCAGAUCCACCAGAUCCAGACUCAGUUCCAGUUCCAGAAUCAACCCCAGAUGGCGUGGCAACAGAGUUAUCAACAGCCGCAACCGUCUCAUACUCUCAGCUUUCUCAGUCCCAAACCUGUUCCGAUGAAGCAGUCUGGUUCCCCGCCCAAGCCCACCAAGCUUUACCGGGGAGUGAGGCAGAGGCACUGGGGGAAAUGGGUGGCCGAGAUCCGCCUACCCAAGAACCGUACCCGCCUCUGGCUUGGAACUUUCGACACAGCUGAAGAAGCAGCCUUGGCUUACGACAAAGCAGCUUACAAGCUCCGUGGUGACUUUGCCCGCCUCAAUUUUCCACAUUUGAAGCACACUGGGUCCGUCGUUGGUGGAGAGUUCGGCGAGUACAAGCCUCUGCAUUCCUCUGUUGACGCGAAGCUUCAGGCCAUUUGCGAAGGCUUGGCUGAGUCGCAGAAACAGGGGAAGGCAGGGAAGCAGGCGGGUGGGGCCAAGAAAUCUUCGGCCGCCCGCACGAAGCCGAAAUCAACACCAGUGCCGGAACCGGAACCAGAACCGGAGGCUUUGACCGUGAAGGAGGAGACCUCCUCCUUGUCGCCGGUGAGGACGGAUAGUGAUGGGUCUGCAGGGUCUUCUCCUCUAUCGGAUCUGACCUUUGCCGACUACUCAGAGUCCUCAUCGCCUUGGGAGAACAACGGAUCAGAGAGUUACCUGUUGGAGAAGUAUCCAUCAGAGAUUGAUUGGGCUUCGAUCUUCAAUCAAAAUUCGAAUUAGUCCAUUUCGGUUUUAUGUAAUUGUAAUUGGGUAUGCUUUAGUUCGUUUGUUCAAACAAGAGUCAGAGUCUUAAGUUCAGCAAGUAAUUAGGGGGCUACUGCAAUCAAGUUUUUGGCAGUUGCAGGGCCUAAUUUAGGGUUUAGUGGAUCAUUUCGGGUAGUAGUGGUUUAUGUUAAUAUUAUGAUGUAAAUCAACUUCAUCAUGGUCAGCUGGUUUUUUUCUUGCCAGACCAUGAGUGAUUGUGUACUUCCUUUUUAUGUAAUCAUCUUAUUCUAUUCUAGUAUGCACUCUUUAGUUGUUCAUAUAUUAAAUCCUAUUGUCAUUUUAUCGAGUAGUGUUGAUGCAUUCUUUUAUAUUUGUAUCCUUUUGUCAUUUUAUCAAGUAGUGUUGAUGCAUUCUUUUAUGUCUUCGAAUCAAAUUUGAAGAUAAAGAUGACGUAGAUGAUGAUCGAUGAGUGUUGUGCUCUGUGGUUGAGGUUCGAGUAGUACAGAAAUCUGGAAGAUAUUUGAACACAUGUG